AUGGUGAGAGCUCCUUGCUGCGAGAAGAUGGGAUUGAAGAAAGGGCCAUGGACACCUGAAGAAGACCAAAUUCUAGUUUCCUUCAUCCAAAAAUAUGGUCAUGGAAACUGGCGUGCCCUGCCAAAGCAAGCUGGCUUGUUGAGAUGUGGGAAGAGCUGCAGACUCCGGUGGAUAAACUAUUUGAGACCCGAUAUCAAGAGAGGAAACUUCACAACAGAAGAAGAGGAAGCUAUCAUUAAGUUGCAUGAAAUGCUGGGUAACAGGUGGUCAGCAAUUGCAGCAAGAUUACCAGGACGCACAGACAACGAGAUAAAAAAUGUAUGGCACACCCACUUGAAGAAAAGACUCAAAGAUAAGACUUCAACCUCAUCACCAGCAAGCAGUGCUUCCAAUGUCACAAGCCAAUCUGCUGAGCCAGAAAAUAUGAAUUCUCCACAACCAUCUUCCAGUUCCAGUGAUGUUUCCUCAGUCACAGAAGUCUCAGCUGCAUUGACUGAUGAUAAUCACCAGGACAUGAUAACCAUCAAAGGCGAAAACAUGGAGCUUUCGGAAACAUUCCCCGAAAUCGACGACAGUUUCUGGUCUGAGGCACUCUCAGCUGAUAAUUCCAGCAUCCCAUUGGAAUUUCCAGAGGCCACAAAUGAUCAAGCACAACCCCAAUUUCCAAUCACUGAAAACGAUUCAGGGGAGUUGGGUUUUACUUUUGGUCCAAACAUGGAUGAUGGCAUGGAGUUUUGGUACGACCUUUUCAUUAGAGCUGGCCAUGGGGACACACCGAAGUUACCAGAAUUUUGAUCAACUCUUUUACCAUACCCUCUCUCUUUUGGAGGCAAUUUUUAAUUGACGGUUAGAAUAGUUAUUAAAUAUUUCUAUAUCUUCAAAUUUGACCGUUAACAAAAAGCUAGCUGUUAUAGGACAGAAUUUCAAUAGUGGGGGCAAAGUCUGUCGUCCAAAAGUAAGACUUGUGCAUUGACGAAGAAACUAAAAAGCUAGCUAGUACUUCGUAUAAAGGAUAAAGGAUACAUGUAUAAUCUAGAAAAGGUGAUUCGGGUCGUCUUCACAAUAUUGGUGGUGAUUUGAAAGGUGGAUAAAGAACAGAAUAAACUGUGGGAGACAAUUAAAAAGAUUGAGUUGGUGGAAACAGUUUUGUAUAGUUUAUGGCUAGCUAGGUUUUAGUGAUGAUCCUCCUUAGCCGCUUGUUAUUAUUUGUUCAAGUUUAUGUAACAAUGAUGACGACGACGAUGAUGAUGGCGAAAUCGAUGAUGUAGUUGAACUUUUUUCACAAGGAAAGAAAUUUAAUUAUCAUAUGCUAUGAAAAUAUUUGCAUCGGAUUAUGUUUUGAAGUAAUUUGUUUGAUCAUGGAUGGAUGUUUGGAGGUUCAUCAAAAGGCCAUAUGAGCUCA